AUGAGGGGCUCCCAAGCUCUCAUCCUCGCCGCUGCGAGCCACGCAGCGGCUCGUCUCACGACCGGAGAGAAUUCAACCCACCUAACCCUCACAAACGACCGCCUCUCCGUCAUCCUCACCAAAUCCAGCGGCCACAUCACCGACCUCACCCUCGACGGCCAAGACCUCCUGGGUCCUCUGAAUGGCAACCGCGGCAAGGGUCCCUACCUCGACUGCUCAUGCACCCCCUCAGGUUUCUGGACGCCCGGCGGAACGGCCUCGCUGCAGCUCAUCAAUGGCACCGAUUCAACAGGGACCCCGUUCGGCGGGCUCAUCACGUCCGACAAGUUCGCGGCAACGAAUCAGACACUAUCGCAGUACUUCUUCCUCCGCGGCGAAGAGACUGGGUUGCAUGCCUUCUCGCGCCUGACGUACUUCAACGAAAGCAAGCCGCUCCUCCGUGAUCUGGGCGAGCUGCGCACGCUGUUUCGCCCUAACACGCCGCUUUGGACGCAUUUCUCCACCAGCGAGGGCAACUUCGGGCCGCUUCCAAAGGAUGCUACGUUCUCCCAGGCCGUGACGGUGCAAGAUGCCACGACGUAUGUCGGCGGGGUGCCCGAUGACCCGUACACGGAGCAAUACUCGGACUACUUCACCAAGUACACCCUGUCAGAGUCGUGGCGCAACCACGAUGUCCACGGACAAUUCAGCGACGGCUCAACGAGCGCUGAUGGGAGCACGUACGGCGCGCCGAUGCCGAACAUCACUCACGGCUUCGAUCGAACGUGGGGCCCGCAGUUCUACUACUUCAACAAGGGCACGCCGGAGACGACCGUGGCCGAGUUGAGGGCUGAUGCAGUUCAGUUUGCGGACGCAGAGUGGAACGAGGCCUUUUAUGACAGUAUUGCGGAGUAUGUUCCGAACUUCAUUCCGUCGACGCAGCGGACUGUGUUUGAGGGGGCUGUCCAGCUUCCCGAGGGUGCGAAACGACCGAUUGUGGUCUUGUCGGAGAAUAAGCAGGACUUCCAACUCAACGUUUUCAAUACCAAGUCACUUCAAUACUGGGCUGAGAUCGACGAGAGAGGUAACUUCAGAGUUCCGCGCGUUGCUGAAGGCACGUACAGAGUCACCGUCUACGCGGACGGUGUGUUUGGAUGGUAUAUCCAAGACGACGUUGAAAUCACCAAAGAUACUGCGACGACCAAGCCGACAUUCGAAUGGAAAGAAGAAAGCGCCGGCGAGGAGAUCUGGCGGAUUGGCGUCCCGGACAAGUCCUCCGGAGAAUACCUCCACGGAUACGCCCCGGACACCUCUAAGCCUCUUCAGCCUGAACAGUACCGCAUCUACUGGGGCAAGUACGAUUACGAGAAAGACUUCCCCGAGGGCGUAAACUUCCAAGUUGGCCAGAGCGACGAGGCACAGGACCUGAAUUACAUCCACUGGGCAUUCUUCCCUGCCAAAGGUAACCACCUCCGGGAGGAGAACUACUACGACAACGUGAACAACUGGACCAUCACCUUCAAUCUCGCCAAAGACAAGUUGGACGCCGCCAAAACGGCCACUCUCACGGUGCAGAUUGCCGGGACUAAGACGGCGAACGGGAAUGCCAAGUGGACUGUUUCGGGCCAUCCGUACAGCAACCUGCCGUGGACGGUAAACUUCAACAACCGGUAUGAGUCAACGUGGGUUAUCCCGUACUGGCGGAGCGGAUCGUGCGGCGUGAGGAGUGCUGUCGCGUGUCAGAAUAUUGAGAAUAAGUUUACUUUCUCUGCAGAGGCACUAAAAGAGGGUCGGAACGAGUUGACGUUGAGUCUGCCGUUCAACGCAAGCAGUGUAGAGACUGCGCUUCUGCCGGACGCGUUGAUGUGA